AUGCGGUUGUGGAUUAUUUUACUGCUCAGUUUUGGGAGUGCCUGUGGGGAACUGCCAUUCAUAGCAGACAACAAUGCAGCGAUGUUGGUCAACUGGAAUGCUGUUGAUGGGAACAAAAAGCUGUAUGCCAUCUAUGAUACGAGCGUCAACGAACGAGGGAACAUGUCUUUUGUCAAAGAGACUGUGGACAAACUGCUGAAAGGAUAUGAUAUUCGUCUCCGGCCGGACUUUGGAGGUGCACCGGUGGCUGUGGGCAUGAGUAUAGACGUGGCCAGUAUAGACAUGGUGUCAGAGGUCAACAUGGACUACACACUGACCAUGUACUUCCAGCAGUACUGGAGAGAUAAGAGACUGGCCUAUUCAGGGAUUCCUCUCAACCUGACACUGGACAACAGAGUAGCAGAUCAGCUCUGGGUCCCUGACACCUAUUUCCUCAAUGAUAAGAAGUCCUUUGUGCAUGGUGUGACCGUAAAGAACCGUAUGAUUCGGCUCCACCCAGAUGGCACUGUUCUUUACGGCCUCAGAAUCACGACGACAGCAGCCUGCAUGAUGGAUCUGAGGAGAUACCCACUGGACGAACAGAACUGCACCCUGGAAAUUGAGAGUUAUGGUUACACAACAGAUGAUAUAGAGUUCUACUGGAAAGGAGGAGACACUGCAGUGACGGGGGUGACGCGCAUCGAGCUGCCUCAGUUCUCCAUAGUGGACUACAAACUGGUGUCGAGGAAUGUGGUCUUUUCCACAGGUGCCUACCCUCGACUGUCUCUGAGCUUCAAGCUGAAGCGAAACAUCGGAUACUUCAUCCUACAGACGUACAUGCCCUCCAUCCUCAUCACCAUCCUGUCUUGGGUGUCUUUCUGGAUAAAUUAUGAUGCCUCGGCUGCCAGAGUUGCAUUAGGGAUCACCACUGUCCUGACCAUGACAACCAUCAACACCCAUUUAAGAGAGACUCUGCCCAAGAUCCCAUAUGUCAAAGCCAUCGACAUGUACCUGAUGGGCUGCUUCGUGUUCGUCUUCCUGGCUCUGCUGGAAUAUGCCUUUGUCAACUACAUCUUCUUUGGGAGAGGUCCUCAGAUGCAGAAGAAGCUGGCAGAGAAGGCACAGAAGGUCAUAAAUGAGCGCAACAAAUUAGACAGGCCCAAGGUCGACUCCCAGGGGAACAUUUUGCUGACAACCUUGGAGAUCCACAACGAGAUGGGAGGGAAUGAGGUCACAACCACCGUGAGCGAGACUCACAACUCUUCCUCCAUGAUGUUUGACAACACGGGGGUCCAGUACAGGAAGCCGAGUGGGCCACGGGAGCCGGGCCGCCUCAGUCUUGACAGAAGCGCACAUCUAAAGAAGACCCGUCUGCGGAGACGAUCCUCGCAGCUCAAAAUCAAAAUCCCCGACCUCACCGAUGUGAACGCCAUCGACAGAUGGUCUCGGAUAAUAUUCCCCUUCACCUUCUCCCUCUUCAACCUAAUCUACUGGCUUUAUUAUGUCAAUUAA